AGUGAUGUCGGAGGCCAGCGGACCCUGCAGCGACGCUGGACCACGUUCGCCAAAGCUCAGCUGUUGUGCCAGGCUGACAACGAGCUGCCCUACAAUGUGAUCCAGGACAUAGACACCCUCCCACCAGCAGAGGGAGCUCCUGCAGAUGACACACUCUUUUAUGGCAUCUUCACUUCGCAAUGGUCUGUCAACUCUGGACGGUCAGCAGUGUGUUCAUUCCGCCUGACUGACAUCAAAUCAGUUUUCUCUGGCAAUUACAAAGUCCUGAACCGGGACACAUUACAGUGGAGCACACGGGUUCAAGAGAAAGUCGCAAAUCCAGGAGAGUGCGGCCUGCACAAUGCAUCAGACAACGCCCUGCGCUUUGUCAAAGAAAACUUCCUGGCAGACGACAGUGUGCGACCAGUUGGAAGAAGUCUAACCAUGGUGUCUGCAGAGCACAACUACAGCCAUCUGACUGUGCAGAGAGUCCAGGCUGCCAACAACAGAGACUACACUGUCCUGUUUCUGCUUACAGAGUCUGGCUACAUGCACAAAGCAGUGCUGCUGCAGAGUGGGGCCCACAUCAUAGAGGAGGUCCAGGUUUUUGAGCAGCCUCAGCCUAUCAAGAGCCUGAAGCUCUCCAUACCCAAGGGUAUGCUAUAUGUCGGCACAUCAGAGGGUGUGGUGAGGGUUCCAACAGCCAACUGCUCUUUCUACUGGACCUGUCCUCAGUGUGUUCUGGCCCGAGACCCCUUCUGUGGUUGGGACCCUGCCAGCAGGGCCUGUGUGGCUGCCUCCAACACCCAAACCGGCCUAGGCCAGGACAUAGACAGAGGGAAUGUUGAAGAGGCAUGCAACAGUGUUUCAUUAACACACAGAGCCAGAUUUGGUCCAAACAAACUGCCUGCAGCCUCAUGUCCUGCAGGUGAGCUGGUGUCGGUGUCUCUGAAUGAAGUGGUGCGGCUGCAGUGUCCCGCAGCAUCGCGGCUGUCCCAGCAGCUGUGGGAGCGCCCCAACAGCCGGCUGUCCCCAGAUCUGUACCUGCACCUUGAGGAUGGGAGUCUGAGCUUUGUGGCCACCCCCACCACACUGGGCCACUACCUCUGCCUGUCCACUGAGAACGGUUACCAGCAGACCAUGGCCGUCUAUCAGGUCAAACAGAAGAGCAGCCCAGUGGCUCAAACUCCGAGUUACACGCGGCCUCCGGCACGCCCCAAACCCACCACGCAGGCUGAGGCAAGGCCUGGAUCUGGACUGCAUACCUCUGUGGGACCUAAAAGAACAGAAACAAGACAGGGAAAGACUGAGCCAACACUGUCCAGCAGGGACAGUCAGGUCACCACCAGACAGCUGGGCAGAAACCUGACCCUGUGGACAGAGGAAUCUGGGCAGAAAGAUUCUGGGUUUCGGGACGGGGAGCCCCUGCUGUCGGCCCGAGCCCCCUCCUACCUAAAGGAGCUGGUGGUUGUGUCAGUUCUGCUGGUGCUCUGCCUCAGUCUGAUAAUCACCAUGCUUCUGUACAUCAUUAGACAACGCUGCCGCAGCCGAACGGCCCCGCAGGCAGCAACCCCAACCAGAGACUCUGACAGGAGGACCCCUGUGGAGCAGGAGGCACUCAGGGGAAACCAGUUUCUAAGCAAACGCAAUGGACAAGCCCCCCGCAGUGGACAGGCCAGCGGGUUAGUUUGUAACGGGGCACUCACAGGCUCUAAUGGGCAUUUGCCCAACACCCCCAUCUGACAUCUCCCAGACAUUUUGACAGAUGUUACAGAUGGAACCAGUCCAUGGCAGGCACCAGCCCAGUGGGAGGUUCUUUAUGCACAGCCAAUGACAAGAAACACUGUGGACUCAUUGGUAAGGUUUGGAUCUAAUAUGAUGAAAGGCAAUCUUCCUGUGGUACUUUAAAUGAAGACACUCGACUGUUGAGAUGGUACUUUGUUGUUGCCAGACAAUGAAACACAUUAACUGUGAUUACCUGAAUGUUCUGUGUGUUUUCACUUACUAGACAGUAGGGAUGGUACGAUUAUUCAAUAUUAUCGCGUAUCGCGAUUUAAAAAAAACACAGAUAAGUUUAUUGUGGUGAAUUUCCAUAAUCAGAAUAGUUGUCAGUCCAGACAAACACAAAUAUCCUCACAUGGCUAGACUUAAAAAAUGUAUCUAGCUCGCUGACUUACAGUCUUAUCUUGAUUUCUUGAUUUACUUAGAAUUGCCACAAGGGGGAGCCCAAAUCUUUCCUGUCAUUUCAAAAUCCCAAGAAUCUGUUUGCUCGUUGUAUCCCCACAAAUGGAUUCCAAACUAAAGAACAACAUCCUAUCUGUGAUGCAGAAAAUAUUUGUUUCUUAACUAAAUGUAAGGUAAAGUGAUUCCAGUAUAUUCUAGUGCCAUUUUUAAGAUUUUGAUGGUUAUCCUAAGUAUGUAAUGUAUUGCAUUGGGCAGGAUUAUCAUGACAUGAAACUUUAAUAUCGUCAAUGCCUACUGGACAGUAACAUUUGGGACAGAAAGGUACAGGCAGAUUCAGUACAGCUAGUUUUUUAUAUAUUUGACAGUAUUUGAUGCAAAGCCAGUGACCUCCACAGUUCUGCAUCUAUUCUCUAAGGGAUAAAUACAUUCAGAGAGUUCAUCUAAAAUAGAAAUCAACAGAAAUGUUAGAUUUUAAAACGUCCUCUCUUGUUGGGGAAAGAGGUCGGUUUCAUCAAACUCAGAAUAAUAAAGUCUGCAUAUAGGCAGAUAUCUCAUGUGGCUGUGUGCAGCUUCUAUUAAAUGUGUUUGUAUUCUGUUGUGCCAAACACAUUUUGGAAGAAACAUAAUUAAUGCCCAGAUCAAGUGUGUUGCUCCUCUGACAGAAGUAGGUGGCUGGGGUGGAGGAUGGUUCACCAAUUCAUCUGCAGAAACGGGCCACAGAGGUCAGGCCGGUACGCUUGUUUAUCAUUUGUUUGUGAGAUGUAUUACACACAGGACGUGAGUGUGCCUUGGCUUACAGUUAAGGUGAUGCUUAAGGUGCAGCUGUCUGCAGUGGUGUACUGGCCAUUGGGCCUCCAAGGACAGAUCCCAUUGGGCUGUCAAACAAUCCAUAAUGUUUUUACCAGCUGUCUGGCCCUGUCUGUCUUUUUACCGACCCUCUCUGUGUGCACUGUCGAGCCGUGCUUAUGCCCCCUCCAAAAUGUGUUUCCUCGACUCCUCUCUCCUCACAUCUUUUCCCUGCAGUUAAGAUGCAAGUGAGGGAAACGAGAGCUCUGAGACAAUAAGAAGAACCCAUGGUUUCUGUCACCUGAGUCGGGGAUUACAGAAACCUGGUUUCCCCAGCUAGUUUUCUCCUGGAGAACACCGAUUUGUUGGCGAUGUAUACAUGUCACUGGGUUUCUGAUCUGCUUUUUCACACACUGCAUGUCCCAGUAACCAGCUGACUAUUUGUAAAAUCCAGCCAUAUUUUCUCUAAGUGAGAACUGUGCUCUUACUACAGAGCCCCCCACACAGGCAUUGUAUCACAGCUACAGUUUCCUAAAUAAUGUUGGGGGGUAGGGCUGAAAUCUGAUUACUGACCUGCUGUAUGUGUACAUAGAUAUUACGGUAAUAAUACUGUGUAUUGGCAAGAAUCUGGCGAUUGCAGUACAUAUCACAGUACAGAGGUUAUGAUCGCUGUAGUGGGAUACUGUAAGCAAGGUGAUGUAUUGUGAUUUCACAUCACAGCCCUCAGUUUACAUUUACAGCACUGCUGUCCAACAGUUGGGGGUUUAAACACAGAAAUCACUACGAUGUUUUUAAGGAAUCGAUACAAUAUCACAAUAUCAUAUUUUUCUAUAUUUUCUUCCACCCCUGUAGGUUACAGUGCAACAUGGUGUCUGAUUUCCUGCAUCCUGAUUACUUUGAGUAUGCUGCUUUCUUGUGAGCAUGUAAAUGUUUUGACAGUGUUUGAUUGUGGUCAUAUGGGACACCAAUUUAAGACAAUGUUUUUCUACAAAUCUCUUUUAGUGUAAUAUGUAUGUUACAGGAGCUUUCAGGUGCACUAAGAUCCAUCUAUUCUUGCUCUAUAACAGCGUCUACAGACACUUUGCUGCUGGUUUUGUACUUUAUGUUGCCCAUAUGUGUAGACCUUGCAAGCAAGCAAGCAGUGAAUGAAAUUGGGUUUGUUGUUUUGCAAAAUAAUUUUUGCAUUUCAUCAGAGUGUUGUCAUUCAACACCUGCUGAAAAGUCUGAACAGAUUCGGGAAGGUUAAUAAUUAACUGGAGGAGGUUUAAGAAAGCUCGUCUGUGGAAUCGGGACCAAAUUUACAUCGCUGCUGGAAUGUUUUCAAAUGAGCUUGUCAUGCUGACUCCAAAAAAUGCUUGCCUUUGUAAAAUCUUCAGCACAAUCAUCAGUUUUUUGUAUUGUAUUCGACUUGCUGACAACAUUUUCAAUGUGUUUUGGGUACUGUAUUUAACUACAUCACUAUGCCAUUUGGGGUGGCCAUCCACCCCAAUGAGAAUUCAGAAGACCAGCUCCCUUUUUUUUGGAUGUUUUGAAAAUCUAGAAAGAAUAAAAGUCAUCUGUCAACAGUUGUUUAUGUUUUUGCAUAUUUUGUCCAUUUACUUUUUUUUUGUAUUUUGUAAUACAUUUGUAACGGAUAAAA